AUGCGUUCCUCAUUCCUCUCCAACCCGAAACAACUUCUCACUGAGGUAGAGACAGUGGAAGUCCUUCUUGCUCCAACUCCACCCUCUCAACCCUCUUUCACCUCACAGCCACCUCCAUCACACCAUCGCCACAACCAGCAGCGUCGAGAACGAGACAUGACCUCCUCCCUCCACCUUUCCACCUCGGCCAACUUUAGAGGAUGGGACAGCCUCAGUUCCACCACCUCCCCUUGCUCUCGAAGCAACUCCGAAACCAGUCUAGCUUCAUUACUAUUGUUGCAGCAGCAGAUUCAACAGCGGAAUCAUAUUCGUCAGUUUGCUCCGCCCAUUUCUGAUCCGCAUCUUCCGCUUGACUUUUCGACGAAACGAAUGUCCAGAGAUAGGGUGAGGGUGAGGGAGCCUUCGGAACAAGAAAAGCGAGCUGUGGAGGAAAAGGAUGGGAGAAGGAAAGAAGCGAGGGUGAAGGCAGAAGCGCUGGAUGAAGGGUUCGUUCAGAGGUAUGGUGCGAUGCGAAUUAAAGGUCAACUUUUCUCCAACUUUAACGUUAAGGCUGCAGAAGAAGAAGGAGGGGAAGGGGGGAGUAGGAGAGGGUUAAGGCAUAUGUUUUCGAAUCCAAUACUAGGCGGGGAGGAGGGAGUGGUGGUGAAUGGUGGAAGAUUAAGAGAACGUCGUGCUAAACCACCUAUUCGUAUUGCUCUUUCAACCUCAACCUCUGGAGGGGUAAAGAAGAAGCCCAGCAGUAGAAAUUUCCUCUCUCCAACAACAAUACAUUCUCCUCCUCCGUGUCCUCCUCCAGCAACUCCGUUACCUGAUCUUCCGGCUCCAUCGAAAUCUGCUUCCCUGGCAAGCGCCCAUGCUGUGGCGAAGAGAGGUUUGGUUUCAAAACGAAGCUUCAUCCGAUCGAGUUCUACGCCUGUUUCUCCUCUCGCUCCCCCUUCUAGCCAGAAACAUGUUCAAGGGCAUGGUUUGAGCCAGAGUCGAGGUCAGAAUCCACUUUCUCCUCAACGAGCAAGAGAAAGUGUAUUCGACAGACAGCCGAACACACCUCAGUCAGCUGCGGUUGUUACGCCGGUCAAGCCAAGUGUUGCGGGACCGGCGGAAAAGUUCGAGAUUCUGUUCGCUUUUUUGUCGUCUAAAUCUCACAGCGGUAAUGACAGAGGGGACAAGGGAAAUGGAGGCAGUCCGGUGUCGGCGAAGACGGCGCGGGGGAUGAAAAAGGGGAGACAGUGGUGA